UGCUCAUCGUUUUCCUCUCCAAGAAAACAUAUUGUAAAAGAAAAAAAGAUGCAGACUAUUGACGAUGUCGACAAAGGGGUUUUAAGGCAUAUUAUUCAUAAUAUGCAUAUAAGUGAUGCAGAAGUACCUCAGCUGAAGAAUAUUCUUUCUAAAGUCAAAGAUCAUGUAGGAUAUCAAGGUAGUCAAGAAUCUUUAAGAUUAAUUAUAAGAGACAUUGGAUUCCGUUGGGAGAAAAACAAAAACCAAUAGAAAACUUCUAAUGGAGAGACAUGACAUCCAAAAGCUUCGUAUACACUAUUUAAAAGCUAUUAAUAGGUACCGAGAAGAAGGUCGCCCUAUAGUGUAUAUGGAUGAAACAUACAUCCACUCAACACAUACCACACGCAAAAGUUGGAGUGAUGAUUCGAAGGAAGGUGUAAGCAGCCCACAUCAAAAGGAAAUCGUUUGAAUAUUGUGCAUGCUGGUGGUGAGUGUGGUUUUAUUCAAGGGGCUGCUUUAGUUUUCAAAUCUGGUGUAAAAACAGGCGACUAUCACGACGAUAUGUCAUUUGAAAAUUAUAGUAAAUGGUUUGAAAACAAACUAAUACCAAAUCUUCCUCCACAAGGUGUUCUAGUGAUAGAUAAUGCACCUUACCACAACAAACAAAUUGAUAAGGCACCAACAUUAGCAUCAACAAAAGAAAUUAUAGAGAAAUGGUUAGAGGCUAGAAACAUUCCAAUAAACAAUGGUAUGCUAAAGACGGAACUCUACGAUUUAGUUAAAAUACAUAAACCAACAUAUGUUCGCUAUGCAAUAGACGAGAUUGCAAUAAAACAUGGACAUUCAAUUUUAAGAUUAGCUCCCUAUCACCCAGAUCUUAAUCCAAUUGAGCUGGUCUGGGCCAGCUUAAAAUCGUAUGUAGCAUCAGAAAAUAUCACAUUUAAUAUAAAUAAUGUAAAGGAGUUAUGUGAACAAUUCUUAUUGUGUUCCUCCUCUGAAGAAAUACACAAUGAUGCUAACAGUGAUUUGAACUCGGACAAACGUUUCAUAGGAGAGGACAUAAAAACUGUUGAUAAUCCAUUCACUUGUGAAAUUUGCUCCAAACAUUAUUCAUUAAAGCGUAGUUUAAAAAGACAUAUGAAGUCGCAUGGUGGUAAAGAAGAACGGCAUAAUGAUGAAGAAAAACCGUUGGAGUGCGAUAUUUGUUUGAAACGGUUUCGAACUAAUUUUGAAGUCAAAGCGCACAUGAGAACUCAUACUGGAGAAACAUUUAAGUGUGAACUUUGCCCCAAAGAAUAUUCUUCAAAUUAUUCUUUAAAAUCACAUAUGAGAUGGCACACCGGAGAAACUUUUUCAUGUAAAAUAUGCUUCAAACAAUUUAUUACAAUUUCUAAAGUCAAAGCGCAUAUGUUAAAACACAGUGGAAGAAGUAAAGAAAGGCGUUUCACAUGUGCGAUUUGCUCCGAAUCAUUUUUACACAAACAUAAUUUAACACGACAUGUAAGAUGGCACACUGGAGAAACUUACACGUGCGAGAUUUGCUCCAAACAAUUCGUUUACCGUCAUUAUUACAACGUCCAUCUGAGAUUGCAUACGGGCGAAAAACCUUUUCAAUGUGAAAUUUGUUCAAAACAUUUUUCACUUAAGUCCUCAUUAAAAGUGCAUAUGAGGGUACACACUGGAGAAAAACCAUUCAGCUGUGAAAUCUGCUCCAAAUCGUAUACAUCAAGUUCGCAUUUAAAGGUUCAUAUGAGAAAGCACACUAAAGAAGCGCCUUACGAAUGUAAAAUUUGCCCAAGGAAGUGUGUAUCGAGUAGUAAAUUAAAAAGUCAUAUGAUGGUGCAUAUGGAAAAAGGUCCUUUUAAGUGUGGAAUUUGCCCGAGACAGUAUAAAACAAAUAAAUAUCUUCAAUUGCAUAUCAAAUCGCACACUGAAUCAGAAACUUUUUCGUGCGAAGUUUGUUCAAAACUAUUUUCUACAAAUUCUUCGUUGGCAUUUCAUAUGAGAACACAUACUGAAGGAAGACCCUUCACAUGCGAAGUUUGCUCCAAAGGAUUUUUUAGUAGUGCUACGUUAAAAUUACAUAUGAGGGUUCAUACGAAAUACCUUUUUCCGUGUAAAGUGUGCCCUAAACAAUUUUCGACAAAUUACAACUUAAAGAUACAUAUGAGAAGGCAUACAGGAGACAGGCCUUUCCCCUGUGAACUUUGCUCCAAACGGUUUGCAGUGAAACAUGAGUUAAAUGCACAUAUAAAAUGUCACACUAGAGACGUUCUUUUCACAUGUGAAAUUUGCAGUAGACAGUUUGUUACCAAGACAGUAUUAACUAGACAUAUGAGAAUUCAUACGGGGAAAAACCAUUCUCCUGUAAAAUUUGUUGCCAACAGUUUGUUACCAAAAGAUCAUUAACUAAUCAUAUGACAACUCAUCCGGGGGAAAUACCAUUCUCCUGCAACAAACCGUUUUUUAUCAAAAAAUCACUAACUAAUCAUAUGAGAACGCAUACUGGGGAAAACCCAAUUCAAAUGUGAAGUUUGCUUUAACGAUUUCGAAAAAAAGUUUUUAGUUGAGUCAAUUUAGUUUUUUACUUACGGAAAAAUAAUUCAGUUAAAUUGUGUUUUUUACUAGGAAAGUUUUGGGGUAGUUCUGAUUUCUUUCAUUGUGUAUAUAUUUUGGAGUGCUGAAUCCGAAUAUGAGGUUUGCGGACAAAAUUUUGACGGAACAUUGACAAAAUCGCGAAAAAAGCGAAAAAUUUCUGCUUUUUCCCGCUUUUUUGCUUAAAUCUCGAAAACUUUUAACUUUUAGUAAAUGGCCUGUUAACAGAAAUUAAAGUACUUAAAA